ACGAGGCGACUCCGCUGGUAUCGACCGCAUGGCAAACAUGGAUUUCCUGGCCCAAGGCUCGAUACACUCGUGUGCUGAUGCCUGGUGCUCGCACGCUUGAGAACCUCGUUCGUGUUUGAUUUUCUUUGUCCUGGAUUGUUACAUCCUGCUACCACUGCCAGACCCAGAACCAUGAUGUUGCCUCUGUGAGGACGUCCUUUGGACCUCUCGAAAAGACGCUGUGCUUGGUGGACACCGAGUGGAAAGGCAGGCCUGACCCUCACUUUGCUGUCCGGAACUCUCCAGAAUGGGGACACCCGCCACCAGACCCAAACCUCCUGUCCCCGUGGACAGUGGGUGGGCCUGGUUUGUGAUGUUCGGUGCGUUCCUCAACCAGGUGGCUCUUGUGAUGUUCGCACGGGCACAGGCGUUGCUGUUCAUAGAGUUCUUACGAGUAUACGAGGCCUCUGCCACUGCCACAACGCUUGCCUUCGGAAUGGUGCCCGCCUGGUUUGCCGUCGCCAACAUCAGCGUUUCGUCGUUUUUCAUGAAGAGGUUCAAGUAUCGAACUCUGGCUCUCUUCGGCUCCGUGGUCCAUUCGCUAUCCAUCACGAGCAUCGCCUUCUGUCCAAACAUCGGCCUUCUCGGUGUUUUCUUUGCCCUGAUCGGCGCGGCUCAAGCGUUCAUCGUCCUCCCCCAGACGGCUCUGCUGGGUCACUACUUCAAACGACGCAUCUCCUUCGCCAACGCCGUGGCCAGUAUGGGUAUCAGCAUCGGGACCUUGACAGGCACACCGUUUUGCAAAUAUUUGUUGGACUCCUAUGGACUCCGCGGGGCUGUGCUCCUUCUUGGGGGUUUUGCUAUGCAUAGUGUUGUUGCCUCCAUGCUCUUCCGACCCUUGUCGUCCUACAAUCAAGAUUCGACAAACACAAGUACAGUUGACGAGACGGAGGACUCUGUCAGCAAACAUGAGCUCUCAGAGUGUUCACAUUCCCAGGAAAAGGCUGAGGAAAUUGCAUUGCUUAAAGAGGGACAGAAUGGACACGUUGAAAGGUUAGAAAGAGAAAACAAACAUUCGACAUCAGACGUCCUUUGUCCAGAUGACAAGUCCAGUCUUACCCAGAGAGAUGGCACAGUGGAUCAGUUGGAAUUUAACAAAUCUGCAAUUGUCAUAGGAAAGUUAAGUGACACCCACAAGCAAGAAGAAGCUGGUCCCAAUCAUACAUUCGGCAGCAAAAGUAGCCUAAAAGAUUUAGUUUUGAGACCUCUCGCAAAUUCAAACAUCUUAUCCAAAUCACUUGACCUUUUAAAUGCUUCAAGCAGCAUCAAGUACAUGAGCACACCUAACUUAAGCAACUCCGUGACGCUGUAUAGCCCAACUAUUCCGAACUCGAAAGAAGUCCAGCAGUUGAGGAGCCCUGGAUCUUCAGAUACUAAAAUCAAUGAGUUGGACAUCAUGCCUGGUGGAAGUCGAGGGCUAGCUUCUUUAGAAGGAGACUCGCACGAGGGUAGUAGCGGACGCCGGGGCUCUUGUCUCAAAAGGAUCAUAUUCGCUAUACAUAAUUCUGUUUUGACACACCCAGUAGCUUUUGUUCUGUUUAUUGCAGGUGGUAUAGGUUCCCACACCGUGACGUCACUAACCUAUGUACCGGCCGUUGGUCAAGAAAACGGCCUGAGUGAUGAUGAAAUCCCUUUUCUGCUGACCGUAGCAGGCAUCAGCGAUCUUGUCAGCAAAUUCAGUGUUGGCAUCGUGGCGGAUCUCGGCUACGUACAGCGCGUGUAUAUCGUGGCUUUAGCGCAGUUUCUCGUGGGCGUUGUCUUCCAGAUUGUUCGUUUCUUCAAAAGUUUCGGGCUCAUGCUGGCUCACCAGGUGAUGCUUGGCUACACUCUGGACGUGGUCCAAACCCUCAUGCCCGUCCUGGUAGUGGACUUUCUGGGCGUGGACUACAUUGCGCCGGUCAUCUCUGCCUUCUUCCUGCUGAUGGGUGUCGUUCACACCAUCGAUCACCUGAUGGUGGGGAUAUUCAAGGACUCAUUCGAUUCUUUCUACCCAGGCUACCACUAUUUCGGCAGUUUGGACUUUCUCAGCGCUGUUCUUUUACUAGUCGUGCCUUUGUUAGUUCGAUGUACAAAACCAGUUAAGAGAGACAAUAAGGUUGAAAAGAUCGUGGAGGAGUGCUAACCAUUUUUCGUUGUUCAGCCUUUGUUUCAUUCACUAUCGUCAGAGACAGACAAAGAGAUAGACAGACAGACAGACAGACAGAUAGACAGACAGACAGACACAAGGAUAGAUAGAAAGAUAGAAAGAGAUACUGCCGACUAAUGAUCAUUUGAAAUUGUCGGGGUAGUCUGAAAAGAUCAACUCAUCCAAAGUUCAACAAAACAGUCGGAACUACAAAACCAGGGGACAUAACAACGUAUUUGCCAGUGCUCAUGUUUUAACGUUUGAACUAGUAUUUGUAAAAAAAGACGGCGACAGGAGCAAUAAUAUUCAACCUAUUAAUCACCGCUCGCACGUGCAUGUGUGUGAAUGUGUGUGUGUGUGUGUGUGUGUGUGUGUGUGUGAGUGGGUGUGGGUGUGGGUGUGGGUGUGGGUGUGAGAGAGAGAAA